GAACCGCGAACCAUCGACGGUGUAGUACCAUAUUAGAGAUAGAACAGGUGUCGUACCAUUCCGAUUCGACAUUAUCAAGUCCGCUAAAAGUCAACCGCCUUGGCAGAUACGUUCGUUGGUUUUCGGUGAACGGCAUUCUUGUGAUUACAAAAUAGUGAAAUUCGAAAAAAUAUCCCGCAUAAACAAUUCAGUGAUUUUUUGAUUUCCAUGUGAUUUUUUUAAGAUACUUAUAUUUUUGGUUUUGGAAAAUAUUAUAAUUCUAUAAUACUUCCUUCAGAACCACAUCACAAUAAAUCCACAAAAACUAUGCAUCACCAACGGUAAACUGAAGAAUCUAAGAUAUAAUUAGCUGCAACUAGUCAUCAACAAAAUGACUUACGUAGAAGAACCACCUUUCAAACCACCAUCCCCAACUCCACCUACUGAGCAAUCAGUGACAGAAAAACUGCACCUGAUCAAAAAGGAACCAAAAUUGCUGAAAUCGACCACGGAUAUCAUAGUGUUUUUGCUUGUAUCUGCGUUUUAUAUCCUUAAAGCGAUAUAUAAGUUCUUCUUGCCACAGUCGUACAGACACCAAAAAGACUUAAAGGGGGAGAUAGCUUUGGUGACUGGCGGAGGAUCGGGUAUAGGUCGGCUGGUCGCGUUGAGGUUAGGAAAAUUAGGAGUAACGGUGGUGUUGUGGGAUAUUAACGUUCAAGGUUUGGAGGAAACGAUUAGUCUUGUAAAAGGAAUCGGAGGUGUAGCUUACGGAUACAAAUGUGAUUUAUCCAACAGAGAAGAUAUAUACAGGGUGGCCAAACAAACCAGGAAAGAAAUUGGAGAUGUAACUUUACUAAUUAACAAUGCAGGAGUAGUCUCUGGUAGCCUUUUGCUUGACACACCAGAUCACCUUAUAAAAAGAACCUUCGACGUCAACAUUAUAGCACAUUUUUGGACCGUCAAGGCUUUCUUGCCGAGAAUGAUUGAAAAUCAACAUGGUCACAUCGUUACAGUAGCAUCGAUGGCUGGACAUGUGGGUAUUAACAAGCUGGUCGAUUAUUGUGCCUCCAAAUAUGCCGCAGUAGGCUUUGACGAAGCCCUGAGGGUUGAGUUAGAAGCCCAAGGUGUUAAAGGUGUUAUGACUACAGCUGUAUGUCCGUAUUUUAUUCAAGCAACCGGUAUGUUUGAUUCGGUCGAGUCGAGAUUCUUGCCCAGGCUCAAGCCCAACGAUGUCGCUGAUAAAAUCGUGGAAGGAAUCAGAAAUAACGAUACAACCGUUUUGAUUCCAGGAGCUAUGAGAAUAGGCCUUAUAUUGAGAGCGAUAAUCCCUUGGACGGUACUGUCGCUGUUCCUAAGAGGUUUAGUACCUGACGCUGCACCUCACCCUCCGGCAAUUCAAACCGACGUCAAUCAACCACCAGAAGAAAAGGUCGAUGAACAACUAGUCAAUAACAUUACCAAAACUACCAAAAUAAAUAGUCUGACCGACUCAGUGUCCCAGAUUAGUGACCGAUAUCCUGCAACAGGAAAAAACUUGUGAUUUAGUUAGCAUUAAGGGAAAAAAACGCCCUGUAAUUUUAAAGAAAUAGUUCUAAUGUACAUAAAUAUCUCUUUUUAAGUCUAUGUACUUGAUGUGAACUAAAUUUGUUCUAUGGCCAGAUAAUGACAAUCAUAAUAAUUAAAAAUAUGUGUAUAUGUUCUCUAGUUUAUUCAAGAAACAUAUUUUUACGUCUAAUUACGUCUUCUGUUGUUAUUUUUAUUGAACUAUGUGAUACCCAAACAUUUGUAUAUACUCUAAAAAAUAUUAAAUAUAAUAAUUAUAAUAUUUUUUUAUUGAUAAUGUUAAUAAUAUUAUAUAUUAUUAUUACUUUUUAUAGAUAGGUACCUACGUCCAUUACAUCUACUUCAAAAGAUUCGAAAAAGACGGUAUUUAGUUGGCUUGGAAAUUACGAUCUUAAUUUUAUAACCAUCGCUGACGCCGUUUUUUUUUUUAUCGUAUUGUUUUUUGUGAUGGAUUUGUGAAGAGUUAAAAACAUAAAAUAAGUAUUUUAAAAAUCGUAUUUUUUAAGUAACGUACAGUUAUGAGAUUAGCUGUUAAUGAGUUAGUUUUGUACAAAAAAAACUUUUACAUGGAUGUGGGAAAUAAGCUGUGUUUCUACAGUUUUAUAAACUAGGAUUUACAAUGCAAUGUAAUAUUAAUAUAAGUAUCUAUUUAGUAUGAAAUUUUAUGAAUACAGUCUAUGAAUUGUUUUAUGAA